AUGGCCUUCAACUCGUUCCAACAGCCUGACCCAGCUGCUCAAGAUGGGCUUGGAAUUUCGCUAGAUGCAAAUACCGACCACUUGUCCAUCUUCAACCAUAUCAAACUCCCAUGGUUCUCACUGUCGCCGUGCAGAACAGUACAGGCUCUCGCCGGUGGCAUUUCAGCCCCCAUUUCGAAGCAAUCCAGACACACCUUGACACAGCAUUCCCACUUGCGGCGACCUUCUUCCAACUCUCACGCCUCCCCUCGGUCACCCAUCCUUUCAAGUCCUGUGAGCAGACUGGUCUCGGCGACUAGGAACACGGCGCGGCAUAGACUUCAUCUUGUUACGGACCACUGCCCACAUCACGAAAAGGUCCCUCCGAAAAGGCUCACUGGUCUCCGUCCGAGCUUCAAGGAGGUGGUCAAGGAGCUCGCCCCCGAAGCGGAAGUUGUGCCGCCGUCUGUUGUUCACGGCAUUAACAUCUGGAAAAGAGUUUUGGUCCAGGGAGCCAAAGCCAGAGCCAGACCCGACGGCAACUUCAAGCGUCUCUUUCGCUCCCGACUUUCCGCACUGGACUGGGCCCUCAAUGUGGUCGGUGGGUUAGAUCCCGUUCAGGGGAUCGCCCCGUUCGUUCUGGAAAUGCCGCCCAUGAUCAGUCAAUCCUGUGGGACGUUGUUGUGAUUUCCGUUCCCUGACCCUACCGCGAUAAUUCAUGCACUGCCACCACGGCCGUUAUCACUAUCGAAAUCACCAAAUCACCCACCGCCCACUUUUGAUUCGCUCUCAUCUACCCUCCAAAUGGGCUGUGCCGUUGACACGCCUGAGCGAGCCAUUGGGAAAGACACGGGACACGGCGUGGCUUAGAUGAGCUUCAAUACAGAGUAGAGCUGCUUAUCCGCCUUCGACUGUCAACCCAGCCUUGUCAGGCGUUGGAAGGCGGCGAUAGCCCUGGGUGCUGGCAAUAAACAACGAGCAUUUCAACACCAAGCGGGAACAA